AAAGGUCAUUCACAUCUUACACGUGCCCUCCAUCCUACAGCCACAAGGAAGGACUAUAAAAGAGCGAGACUGAUAACUUGCAGCUCCAGCCGCAAGGGUAACUGUUCAAGUCAGACGCACGUGUUUGGUGAGGAGCGACCGCCCAGGUCCAGCAGGGGGCUGGAUCAGAGCCGCUCUCCUCGCUGCCAGCAGUGGCAGAGGCGGACACUUGGCGGACGGGGCAGCUCUGCGCCGCACCUGUGCGUUUGCGCGGUCAGGGUGUUUGCACGGCCAAAGCUGCACUAAAUGGACCGCUUCGUAUUUGCUGUCAGCCCUCUGCGCCUGUCCUGCAUUUAAAGCCCCGGCGAUGCGCUGUCCGGCGUCCGUGGAUGUGUGAUACGGCAACCCGGGUGUCAUUAUCUCUCUCUCCGGCGGCUCGUUGUGUAGAAAAUCUGUUUUUUGAAACUGCAGGGAACAACAUGGACUAAUUGCUUUUUUCCUCGUUCACGAUGGGACUAUAUAAACUUUCCCUUGUGUUUGGUACAUUUUUUGUCGUUUCAGUUUUAGGCUUCGGCGUGGAUCCUGCUUUGCGCAUCAAUGUUUUCGAUGAAUUAAACCUUGGAGAGGGGUUCCCUGGAGUUUCUCAAGUCCAGGGUUUCCACAACGAGAGCCGAGCUUUUCUCUUCCAAGACUCACGCCGAAGUGUGAGCUCCUCGCCCGAUGCCUCCCGCCGCAUGUGGCAGAAGUUGCGUGGCAGCACCGAGUUCACGCUGCUGGUGACCCUGCGGCAGGAUCGUGCUAGCUCAGGAGUCAUCCUGUCCAUCCGAAAUGCCGAGCACAGGUUCCUGGAGCUGGAAAGCAGUGGACAGCGAAGCGAGGUCCGCCUGCACUACCGGUCCCAGGGCCAUCAGCCUCGCACCGAGAUCUUCCCCUACGCUCUGGCGGAUGGCCAGUGGCACAAACUGUCAGUGGCUCUGAGCGCCUCCCACCUCCAGCUGCAUGUGGACUGCAACAGGGUGUAUGAGAGAGUGUUGGAGCCCCCAGCCAUGGAUUUACCAGAGGAGGCUACACUCUGGCUUGGACAGAGGGGCAGUGGCCACGCCCUGUUUAAGGGGAUAAUGCAGGAUGUCCAACUACUUGUGAUCCCUCAGGGGUAUAUUUCACAGUGCCCUGACUUGAACCGCACCUGCCCCACUUGCAAUGACUUCCAUGGACUCGUACAGAAGAUAAUGGAGCUGCAGGACAUCUUGGCCAAAACGUCCAGCAAGUUGGCUCUAGCUGAAGACAAGAUGACCGACCUGGACCGGUGCUACUGCGAGCGCACCUGCAACGUAAAAGGCGUGGUCUACAGGGAGGGCGAGGCCUGGGCAGACGGCUGCAGAAACUGCUCCUGCAUGAACGGCACGGUUAAGUGUGAGAUCAUUACCUGCCCCCCUGCCCAGUGCCCCCCUGAUGCUACCCCCGUUUAUGUGAAUGGUUCGUGCUGCCAGGAAUGCCAGCUGGUGUGCCUGUUCGGUGGAAGAGUGUACGUGGAAGGGGACAGGAAGGCGAUGCAUCACCCCUCCGGAACAUGUACUCUGUUCGAAUGCCAGGACAGGGCGAUGCGUCGAGUGGAGCCCCCUGGCUGCCCGGAGCUGAACUGCUUGGAAUCAGAGCAGAUCACCCUCACAGACCGAUGCUGCAGAGUCUGCAAAGGGCACGACUUCUGCGGCGAGGGUCACGGCUGCAUGGAGAACUCAGACUGCAUCAACCUGGAGGCGGCGGCCUGCUGCCAGUGCCGGGACGGCUUUCGGCCACUGCGUGCCGACGAGGCUUACUGUGAGGAUGUGGACGAGUGUGCAGAGGGCAAGCACUACUGUCGUGAGAACACAGUGUGCGUCAACACAGCCGGCUCCUUCCUGUGCGUCUGCCUCGCCGGCUACGUCCGUAUCGACGACUACUCCUGCACAGAGCAUGAUGAGUGCCAGAGUGGGAGCCACAGCUGUGAUGAGAAUGCACUGUGCUUCAACACCGUCGGGGGGCACAGCUGCUCCUGUAAACCAGGAUACACUGGCAAUGGCACAAUUUGCAAAGCCCUUUGUGACGGCCGAUGUGAGAACGGGGGUACCUGCGUCUCCUCAAAUACCUGCGUCUGCCAGCAGGGUUUCACAGGGAAGAGUUGUGAGACAGACAUAGACGAGUGCUCCGACGGGUUCGUGGAGUGUGACAGCCGGGCCACUUGUGUCAACCUGCCAGGAUGGUACCACUGCGAGUGCCGUGAUGGUUACCAUGACAACGGAAUGUUUUCACCUAACGGAGACUCCUGUCAAGACAUAGACGAGUGCCGGACGGGGAGGAAUACCUGCGCCAACGACACCGUCUGCUUCAACCUGGAGGGGGGGUAUGACUGCAGGUGCCCCCACGGGAAGAACUGCACAGGGGACUGUAUCCACGAGAACAAGGUCAAACACAACGGGCAGAUCUGGGUUCUGGAGAGUGACAGGUGCUCCGUCUGCUCAUGUCAGAGCGGGCUGGUCCUGUGCCGGCGGAUGGUGUGCGACUGCGACAACCCCACGGUGGAUCUGUACUGCUGUCCGGAGUGUGACCCGCGUCUCAGCAGCCAGUGUCUGCACCAGAGCGGUCUGAGGGCUUACAGCAGCGGGGACACCUGGUUGGAGGGCUGCCAGAAGUGCCAGUGCUUGCGGGGAGAGGUGGACUGCUGGCCACUGCCCUGCCCACUGGCUGACUGCGAGUUCACGGUGGUGCCCGAGGGCGAGUGCUGCCCACGGUGCGCCGCCGACCCAUGCCAGGCCGACGCCGUCCGCAACGACCUCACCAAGACGUGCACCGACGAGCUGGGCAUAGCUCGCUUCAGUGGGGCAUCCUGGACCAAGCAUGGCACCGAGUGCACGCUCUGCCACUGCAAGAAUGGACACAUCUGUUGCUCAGUGGACCCCCUGUGUCUUUAGCCGCUGUGAUGGGCCUGAGAGGCUUUUGUACAGUCUUCUUUCCAUAAGAACUACCCUUCCCAGAAACCCCUUUAUACCAAAAAAACAGUGUCAUGGCGCACCAAACAGACGAUGGACCCUCGACCCUCUCCCCGCAGUAUUCCUCAACACGCGUGCCGGCCUGUUGUGAGGACGUGAUCUACAUCUACGACAGGACUUUGUAAAAAGUACCCGUACUGGCAUGAGCCUUCUAGCUGUUGAAAACUGAUUGAUUUUUUAAUCCAUUUUCAAUGCAGAAUAAGUGUCUGGGAAUCCCCUUAAGUAACAAUUUCGAAUGUUUUAUUUAUGACUUUAUGAGCAUCGUGUGUGUUCAGUUAUUUGGUGACACUGUUUUGUGUUUAAUUUAUCCUGUAACUUGCUCCUGUGAUGUGGUGAAGUAAACAUGUUUGUUUACAGUUCA